CUGCUGAAAAAAAGCAUACUGUAUUCAUUCUGUCGCUAACCAGGGCGCGUUGAGGAGAGCUGCUGCUCCUGCGUCCCUCCAGUUGCCGCCCCGAAUAGGCAUGCUAAGCAAAUGCCCAGCACAGUACAGCACAGAGCUCUCUCGGCCGCAGAUACUGAACGCAGGGAACUAUAGCCUACCAGACGAUAACGCGACCGACGCAUCUCCCAGGAGGAGAACUCAACAUAACCUUUAGGGAGAGGAGUGGCGUCGAAAGGAAGGAAAAGAGGAAGCAAGUUUUGCCAGGCGUCACUUAUCUUGGAUUACGUGGAGAGAAGUGAUGGCCAGUCAGCUGUGCAGCUGUGCUCGGGCUCCUUUCGCUGCGUCUAGCAACCAGGUCUGAGUGACGCCCCCCACCCGCCCCUCUUUCAAAAACAACACCAGCAAAACAAAUGCGACCAUGUACAGCGUGGAGGACCUGCUUAUCUCUCAUGGAUACAAGCUGCCCCAAAACACCUCUACCGCCCCCACUGCCGUCUCCCCCACCCCCCCGUCCUCAUACGAUAACAAGCGUUAUGGCGACCCUUCCUCCUGUCGCCAGGAGAUCUUAGAGAGCCGGUCUGGUGGUGGUCACGGCACGGUGAACGGGUAUGAGAUAGACUCUGCGCCGGGGGUAUAUGUGUACGGCAACAAUAACUGCAGGAAGCCCCAGCCCCCAGCCCCAACCAAAAGCUACUCCUCGAGUCACACUGACAAUGCAUGGAGGGACAGGAACAGCCAAACACAGAGGAGGGAAGCCGACAGCGGUAACCAAGGUGACACCCACUCCUUGGGCGAUUCUCUCACGACAGAUAGCGGGUUCUGUGAGGGGCCCAGAGGGGUGUAUUCAGAGUCCAGGGGCCACCGAGACGUGUCCUACUGGAGGAGGAGAGGCCAGGACUUCAGUGUUCUCCUGGAUUACGCUGACUUCAGAGAACCUCGAGGAGGAGGCUAUAGGUCAGAGGGGGUGCAGCAGCCGCAGAGACAGGAGGUGCCCCCAGAGGAUCAGCGGCAGCAGCGUGAGAGGCAGCGUUGGGCAGUCCAGUCCCAGGCCCAGUCCCGCUCCAAGCAGAGAGAGGCAGCGCUGCAGCAGUGGACGACGGCUGCCGUGGAGAGGAAGUGUCAGAGCCUGGGCACGGACGAGUGGCGACCCGCCGUGGUCAGCUUCGCCCGCCAGCUCUCGGACAGCGAGGGCGACAGUUGGGCUCGGGCUCAGGAGCAGCAGCAACUGCAGCAGCGCCACCUCCGGACACCGGAUGGCGCUGUGGUUGUAAUGGGGCCCAGGAACAAAGGGAAGUCCCAGUCUCUGCCCCGAAUGCUGCCGCCGGACAGCCUGCAAUACGUGGCCAUGUCUGGGUCUGUUGGGUCUGGGCAGGACGUGUACAGGAAGGUCAACGGCCAUCCAGGGUCCCAUCACGACCCUUACAACAGAUAUAACCACAACCAGGCUGGGACAGGGGACAGGGACAGGUGGUCUGAGAAUGACAGCAGACCAUCCAGUCAGGCUAGUAUGGCCAGCCAGCUUAGCCAGGCCUCUCUGGUACCAAAGACCCGGUUCAGCCGUCCCCUGCGGCCUCCGUCCUACGAGGUGCACCAGCAGACCCGGGGGAGUUCUGAGACGCUGUCAGGAGACCCAGCAGCAGCAUCAACUCCACAGCCCCAGGCCAGGGACAGAACCCCCCUCCCCCACCCCAGGAUGGGUGACCCCAGGCUGGACUAUUAUUCACAAGAUGGAGGGUCCGGCACGGAUCCUCCGGGUUAUAUCCCUCCCCCAUCGUAUCCCCCCAAGAGAGCUCCUCUUAUGAGAGGGGGCCAUGGAGGUCACAGGGGCUAUGGAGAGGUCCCAGUGAACUACAGGUACCACCAGGUGUUCCAGCAGCAACAGAUGCGUGGGACCCCGGACCCCUGGUUCAGUAGCAGACACACCGGUGGAGGAGGGUCCUGGCCGGAGCCUCAGAGAGAGCCCCUCCGAGAGAGGAGCGUGCCCCACCGGAAGCAGCUCUACCCUGGCUACAGCGAGCAGCAGCACCAGCCGGGCCUGGGUCCUGGCAUCCAGUACGUCCACGACCCACGUGUCCGACAAAAUUCCGGGGGAGGAAGCUCGUCUCUAGGCGGCGGAGGUAACUCCAUGACGGACCCCGACAACAUUCGCCACAUCCGUAACUCCACAUCCUCUGAGCUUCCCAGUGUCACCGUGUCAGACCACUCGUCUGAUGACAGUGCCUUCCUGUCCCUCGCCUCCACGGGGGCCCCGCCGACACUUGCCAGCACGUCAGAUCCAGCCAGUCCGACAACGCCGAAGUCUACUAGCGACUAUGACAAUAAGAAUAACCGGUGGAAGCAGCAGCACAGCGAUUUGCACAAAGAGACUGACUCACUAGAUAACUUCCCAGCAGCAACUGACCAAAACUGUAACAGGUAUAUUCCCAAAAACAACCUAGGUGGUUUCUCUGCCUUCCAGCCCCCAGCCACGGCUUCAUCGGUGCUUCUUAGCUCCAGCUCAGACCAAGGAUUCUCGGAAACAACCAUCACGCAGGUGAAGAAGAUAGUUCCAGGAGACUCGGGGGUAGACCACAACAACAGAAACUCUAAGAGGAAGUCUCACAGUGAGACCAUAUUCUGCCUGGUGUCUGUCCCCAUCCACAUGCAGCAACAACAAACCAAUAAAGACUCAGUCUCCACAGCAGACCAGAACAAUAACGAGAAGAUGCCUGACAGUCUGCCAAGUAGUCUGCCUAUCGUGAGCGUCUUCGCCACAGAAGACAACCAAAACACUGUGGUCCAAUCAGACAACAGCCAAAGCCUCCGUAGCAAGUCGUUAUCAGACAUGGGUCUCAAACCCCCCUCCCACACCAGCAGCUUCAGUUCUAUGAGAAGCACCAGGAAGGGUCCUCUGAGGAAGGAGAUAGUAGACGCCUGGUCACUCCAGGCCAGUGCUGACAAGGAGCUGUGCUAUGCCGGCUCCUGGCCCGGGGACCAGUACAGGAACCAGGAAACCCAGACCAGCUCCCCCGUGAAGGGUCCUGGGUGUACAGGGGGGACAGGUCAGCCUGGAGGACAGGGGGGUCAGGAGCCAGGCCACCCGGCCUCAGACACAACCACAGACAGCAGCGUGGGCCCCGACUGCAGCUCUGUGUCCGCAUCCUACGGCGUGGGCUACCCCAUGAAAGGCCAGAAGAACCUCCACCCGUCCAGCAACAGCGCCUUCUCCCGCCUCAGUAUCAGCCCGGCCCAGCCCCUGUCACUUCCAUCACUCCCACCCCAGCCUCCACCCUCUGGAUCUGGGGAGGAGAGAGACCAACAUACCUUCACAUCCAGAAAGACUGGUGCUACUACCACCACCUCCAACACCACUACCAAACCCCCAGACGAUGUCAACGCUAAUAGCCAGGGCCAGGUGGCGUUUGGUCAGUUCCUGCUGAAGCCGGUGAGCCGGCGGCCGUGGGACGCCAUCGAGGAGCUGGAGUGUUUCAACAAGGCUGCAGGCGUAGAACUAGACCAGAUCCAGAAGAACCAGAAGGUCCAGCCCAGGAGACCCAGUGUGGACCAGUGUAUAGAUGACCUGGACGAGGUGUACAGGAACAUCAUGGAGCUGAGCGGAGAAGACACACAACAUCAACAUCAGCCCAUAGCCCCUCCCCCUCUAGAUUCUGAGCGGGAGACAGUUAGCCUUCCAGACCAGCGCCUGAAUAACAAACCCAACAACAACGUCCCUACCAUCAGGCCCAGACUAGACAGCUGGGGCCCUGGUUCCUCUAUAGACCCAGAAUAUAGGGAGGUGAGGAGUGCCUUCUUCAGGCCCCAGCCCCAGAACAGGACCAGCAUCCCCAGACCACUGAGAGAGGACCUGGUGCCAACUGGUUUCAGAGACUACAAACUCCACAAUGAACAGAGUGACCACAGGGAAACCUAUGACCCCAGGCUUACCUACAGGCAGGAGCAGGACGUCGCCAAGGAGUCUCUACUGAGGGACGUGGGGCUCACCGUCUACACUGAGGCCCCUGGGUGUCUCGGAGAGCAGGACCAGCACUGUGGCCCCACACCGCUCACAUCGUUAGACCUCGAGGAACUAUGUCAGAACGUACAGCUAUUAUGGGAGAGCGGAGAGAAACCAUCUCUAGCCAAAAGCAGCCAGGUUGAGGUUGCGCACAUCUGUGAGGGCAGUAAUAAGGACGAGCUGGGCCCCACUAAAGUAGUGGAAGAGGAGAGGAAGGUAAAGCCGGAUAAUGUACCCGUCGUGCUACCCAGAUUCAGAGGCCAUGUGCCCAAUCUGAACAUCCGCAGGGCACGGAGUGAGAACAGCAGGUCGCCAAGAGGUGAAGGGUUGCGGGGGUCACCACGACCCGGCAGGCUGACCCGGGAGGCAGCGAUCGCCUUCAAGGAUGGCGACUACAGAUACAGCGUCAGCUCCGAUCCUCUGAGUUGGCGUAACGAGGCGACGUUGGCAGAUCGACACCUGGAGACCCUGCUGAUCAAGGAGAAGGCGAACACCAGGCCCACGGAGGACCUGAGUAAUCUAUAUGAGGUGAAGUGUGCCAAGGGGAUCCCUGAGAACGAGACGAUGGAGCAGAGAGCAGCCAGGAUACUGGGGAUAGACGUAGCCCCGGAUUCACUGCAGAGCCGGGUCCAGGAGAGAGAGGAGGAGUCACUGCAGAGCCGGGUCCAGGAGAGAGAGGAGGAGUCACUGCAGGGGGUGGUGGAAGAGAGCGAGGAGGAGGGAGAGACUGGCAUAGGUGAAACGCAGGCGCACAGCCCUUACAGAGAGCAGCAGAACCAAUAUGACACAAAGACUGGGGAAGAGACACCAGAACUCCAUCCAGAAGGAGCACAGGCUGUGGAAUCACUGGGCCUGGUUGAACAGAAAGAGGAGGAGCAGGAGCAUAGAGACAACACAGAGAAUCAGAGGCAACACAAAGAAGAAACCCAGGAGCACAGUCCAGACAGAGACACGGAGACAAAGCAUGUGAGAAGACAGUACGAACGGAUGAUGGAGGUAGACGUAUCCGUGGUUACCUUGGGAGAGGAGAAAGGAGGAGGACCCAGUAAGGAUGACAGCCUAUCAGUAUAUGAAGACAGACAUGCUGGAGGAGGUGGAGAGAGCCAGAGCCACCCCUCCAUGGUGCUGGAGCUACCGGAGUUCCCUCCCAGUAGUCUGCCCCUGUCUCUGCCCAUGACCCGAGAUGAGGAGCUGGCCCUCAGCGUGCUGAGUGUGGGAGGGGGUGGGGAGAGGCAAGGAAAGAAGGGACACGGUAGUGGUGGUGCCUCCCCCAGGCUCUCCUCGUCCCCCUCCUCCAUAUCACCUGGCUGCACGGAGAGCAUGGCCCACAUGGAUGAGCCGUUCUCCGUCUCCUGCAUCCGUGUCAGGAGUUCAGGAGAGGCAGAACCAGAACAAGAGACCGGGGUAGUGGUAGAGGCAGAGCGAGAGAACGACACAAACCCAGGGGAAGGGAUGAGGCAGGCAGAGGAGAAGAGAGAGAGGGGGGAGAUGGAGGAGUUGAGGAUGGAGUCCAAGGCGGAUGGGAAAAAGAUAGAAGAUGAGCCAGAUGUCGUGCAGGAGGAGGAGGAGAAAGAGGAAGUCAAAAUCAAGGGGAAGAAGGAUGAGGAAAAAGAGCCAAAGACGAAAAGAGAGGAGAAGACAAGAGAGGGGCAGGAGGCGGAGAAGGAUGAGGUGUUAGAGCCAGAUGAGAAAAUAGAGGGGCAGGAGGUGGAGAAGGAUGAGGUGGUAGAGCCAGAUGAGAAAAGAGAGGGGCAGGAGGCGGAGAGGAGUGAGAAACCAGAUGUCCAACAGGAGGUUAGGCCAGAGCCGGUCUCCAGACCUAUGAAACCUCCUCUCCUCCCCAAGCCCAUCCCUAAACCUCGUAGCGGCACGGUGGCCAAGAGAGAGAUCACCCUCCCCCUGAGCUUCAGUGUGUCUUCCUGUGGCUCCUCUCCCACCCUAGAGGACGGCGAGAUGCUCUCGGGUACGACUCCUAUGAUCCUAGUCGAGUGGAGAGAGUGUAACCUCGACCUCUAUCAAUACCUUCGACAUCUGGGGGGGAAUUGGCUUUGGUCACCGCUCCGUCCAUCCGUCCGUAAACGUUUCAGUCAAUGCCUUUGUGUGUCUCCCAAAUAGCACCCUAUUCCCUAUAUAGUGCACUUCUUUUGACCAGAACUCUAUCGGCCCUAGCCAAAAGUAGUGCACUAGAUAGGGAAUUAGGACACAAACUUUAUCUCACCCCAUGACCCCCCCCCCCCCCCCCCCCCCUCCAAACACUGUGCGCCCUUUUCACCAGUACAAGCAUUGUUUACGCAACAGCAACAGUCUAUAAUGUCUGUCUGACUCUUGGUGCUCCAAUGGCCUCUCGACUGCCAAACAAGAGAACCACCUGGACCCAUCAGUCCUCUGGCCUUCAUACUUCUACUUACCCUCCUCUUCCUCCUCUUCACCAUCCUCCUCUCCUUCCAGACGCUUCCAGUCAUUAGUGUCCUACUUUUGACUAGGGCCCUUAGGGCUCUGGUAAAAAGUAGUACACUAUAUAGUAAAUAGGGUGCCAUUUGGGACGUCAGCUGGGUUUUCUUGGAAUUGCAUGUCUGUCAUCAACUGUCUCACAAAUCCCAAUACAACAGCACUGUGGUUCCUUCCUAGAGGCCUGAUGUUGGAAUAUGAAUGUAAAGAAGUGCUUCUGCUUUUCAAACACAAACCGUUACUAUGAGAUGAAUCCACAAAAAGACAAACGUCUCGCAUUACAAUCAGUGUUACUUACGCACACACCAAAUGUAAAUAAUAAUUAUAGAGGUUUAAGGUUUUAUUCCAACAUACUUUUGUGAGGUUUGUUGCUGAACUGUAUAUUUUCUUACCUGCGUUGAGAACUUAAAUGUCGAAGAAGAAUCCGAUUUUGAAAGCUAUACUCUUGAGAUGUUAUUACCAAUGGAUACAUCUUUCCUGUUUUCUGUUAUUGGCCGUGAGCCUGAGAAUGUAAUUCAAUACGAGGCUGGACCAGAUUGAGAAUAGCCUGGACCCGGAUUUGUUUUUGCUGUCCUGCCACCUCCUAUGGUCAUUGGUUUGACAGUUGGCAUGACGGCACUAACAGAUCUGGGAUCAGGCUAGAUAUAAAACACUGUGGUGUUUGACAAAAAUGUCACUCAGAGCAAUACUGUUGUUACACAGGGCUUCUCUUGGGGCUGCUUUGAGAGAGCAGCCGAGAGCCUGUGUCCUGUAAGGCCCAAUCCCAAACUGCCCCCUAGACACCUACAUUUGAGAUGGGGCCCAAGACAUUGAUCUCAUUACAAAUCGUUGCGUUAAAUCUCUACCAUUUGGUACUGAGAGCACCAGAGGUGGCACUGUUAGCUAACGUCACUGGUCCUGUGUCAACUGUCUGUGAGUCGCUGGUGGUUCACCAUUGGAGGGGUUCCUCGGGUGAAUGCGAGGACCGUUUCCUUUCAUUUCUAGUGCCAUGGUGUGUCAGGACUGUGUCAGGACUGUGUCAGGACUGUGUCAGGGGUCAGAUUUUGUUCUUUCAGCAUCAGCAAUCGCAGCGGCAUUUCAUUUCGCAAAAUGUAUUUAUUUUUGUUAAUCAAUCCUCAUACUGUACAAAAAAAGAAGUAUAUUUUAAGUAUAUUUUCAAAUGUAAAAGAGGUUUAUAUUUAACCGUGCAGUUUCAUUUGCUCACAUAAAUCCAUUUUUGAGAUAUCACGUGAAUAUAUCACGUGAAUGUAUCACAUUUUUUCCAAAAGUGCUUUUUUUUUGUUGCAAGGAACAAUAGAUCGACGUGUAAGGAUCUCAGUGUGCCUUGUACACACUUCUGUUUCUGUGGUAGGCUGAGUCCCAAAUAGCACCCUAUGCCAUAGUGCACUGCUUUUGACCAGAGCCCUAUUGACCCUAGUCAAAAUGAGUGGACUAUGUAGGGCAGGGGUACUCAACUCUUACCCUAUGAGGUCAGCAGCCGGCUGUUCUUCUGUUCUACCUAAUUAUUAAUUGCACCCACCUGGUGUCCCAGGUGUAAAUCAGUCCCUGAUUAGAAGGGAACAAUGAAAAAAUGCAGUGGAACUGGCUUCAAGGUCCAGAGUUGAGUUGGAGGGAUAUAGGGGAUAUGCUGCCAUUUUGAGGCGUACCAAAUGUUUCUUUAUGUUCAACACAUACAGUAUGUGUACUUUAAUGGCUAAGCUCGUUUUCUUAUUUCAACAUGGACAUGUUGUAAUUCAUCCUUAAUUGUAUAUGGAUAAGACCAUUUUGUGUUAUUUUGGCAAUAAUAAUGAAAUGUAUGUUAUGGAAAUCAACUAUAUCUUUGAUAUAUAAAAUGUUAAUUCAUUAACCUGAUAAAUGUAAACGUUCAACAUAUCAAACGCCUUGUAAGCUGGCAAAGCAUAGCAAUUCAUAUGUUUACAUGCUCUUCACUAAGGAUUUAAUUGUAAUUGUUAUACACCUUUAUGUUGUUGCUCAAAUAACUGGCUUGCAUAUCACAUUAGACUAUAUGUAAGGCCGUGUGUGUCAUCAACCAGUACUUGUUGAAAGAUCUAAUUCUGAACCAAAAGAGUUUUCCAUGUAUAAAGACUUCAAUAUGUUAUUUUUCCCCGCUUGCUACAAACAUACUGCUAUUAUCUUUACCCCGGGAUUGAAUUUAUGCGGUACGGAGGGAUGUUGCGUAAGCAGGAAGUCAGUUUGAGCUUUGAGUUUGUGAUACAGUAGCCCUGAUAUCAAGCACAGGAUAAUGUUGACACCAUCGAAUUAGAAUGAUUGAAAUUCUAAGUAGGAUUCUACUUCUAAUCAUUGUAAUUCUAUGGUUGACACUACCAACCCUCUGCCCUGUAACUCUAGGCUAGGUUCCAGGUGGACUAUCGUUAAAUGGUCAUUCUCAUAGACCUUUUGUACUGCAAGCUAUUUGUAACGUAGAUACUAUCGUUGCAUAUCUUGCUGUGAUGUUUUCUAUUUUCAUACAAAGUCUGUACAGCUUUUUUUCUACGUGCAUACAGGCAUCCAUUUUCUUUUUGUUAUUGCAUGUAAUUCGUAAGAAGGUGUUAUGGAGAGAGAGGUAUUUGCAUAUAAUCGCAUUUGGUACUAUAGUCUACCCAAUAAGCAGCUGUUAUAUUUCAUAUAAUGCAUAUUUUAUUUCCAAAAAAUGUACGCCACGUAUUUAAAAUGAAAGCAAGGUAUUUUUUUGAGUAUUGUAAAAAGGGAACUCUGUUUUUGGAGCCACAUGUUGGUCUGUAUUCAUGUUAUGAUCAUUAAAAAGGAGCAUACAUACAGUCAGAGUGUGCUAGUGUUGUAUAACAUUGCAGAUUAUUCAUAAAUAAACUCUUCGCAUGUAA